GUUCACGAACUUUUUGUCAAAUAAAUUCAGUUUGUAGGGUUUAAUGGGUGAGCAAGUUGAGAAGAGAUUUACUUGGGUUUUGAAAAACUUCUCAGACUUGCAAGGCGAGCCUACCUACUCUCGUCCUUUCGUCUUCGCUGGUUGCAAUUGGCAUAUAAUUGCUUACCCCAAGGGAUAUGAGAAGUGCAGACACUUAUCUCUCUUUCUGGGUAUUGUAAAUCCUGAAUCUUUACCAUCUGGAUGGAGAAGAGAAUUGAAGUUUCGCCUCAGUCUUGUUAAUAAGCUUUGGAGAAGUGAGACCAAAGAAUUAGAAGGGCAACAGUGGUUCGAUACAAGUAGUGCCGCUUGGGGGUUUAAAGAGUUCAUUCCCCUUUCAACAGUUCGUUACAGAGAUAAUAAGUUUCUGGUUGGUGACAAACUUGUUAUUGUCGCUGAACUACACGUUUUCCCACUUGUUGUGGUACCAACUCUGAAGAUUAUUGAACCUCUGAGCUGCAAUGAAGUAGGAAGCCAAGUUGCUGAUGUAUCUGCUGGAAAAUCUGCAUCUCAAGAGAAAGUAGUCUUUGAUGUCUCUCUGGAGAUUCCGUGUGUUGAUGCAUUUAAAGAAGGUUUAGAUGAUGAUGAUGAUGAUGAUGGUGCAUCUGAAAAGGGUUUGGAUGUUGAUGAGGAAGACGCAUCUGAAGAGUGCUCAGAUGAUGAUGUUGCAUCUGAAGAGAAUGUUGAUGGUGGUAGUAGUAGUGCAACUGAAGUGGGCUCAGAUGAUGGUGAUGCAUCUGAAGAGGGCUCAGAUGAUGAUGAUGCAUUGGAAGAGGGAUCAGAUGAUGAUGGAUCUGAAGAGGGUCAAAUUGAUGAUGGAACUAGGGAAAAAAGUCACUUGAACCAAUCAAUUUCCUUGAAAGACGGAUCUCUUACAGUAGGAAACUGUGGUAUGAGGUGUAACAAUGUGGCAUCUGAGACUGAGGUUUCUAAUGUUGAUUAUGAUGACGCGCCUAUAGAGGAUCCAGGCGACGAUGAUGUAACUGAAAAAAUCUUGUUCCUAUACAGUUUUACAUUGUUCUCACUUUUGCAGGUAGAAUCAUUCUUGCCUCUUUCCAAAGUUUGGUGGCAUUUAAUGGAUCACAACAUCACCAUCAUCGCUGAACUAGACGUUAUGCCAGCUAUUUUGUUACCAGGGGAACCUGCGAACAUUAUUAAGGAGUUUCAAACUGUAAAGGAGACAACGGAUGUCAAUGGGUUUGAGGUUUUGUCUUCUCAGGUAAAAUCUGUGAAGCGUAUAUUUGAAAGAUACCCAGACAUUGCUGUGGAGUUUAACGCAAAGAACCAACAUCUCAGGAACGCAUGUAUGAAUUUCUUGCUCAGCUUAGUCGAGACGUUAUGCCAGUCACUUGAGAAGCUCUCCAAUGAAGAUCUUGUGGAAGCAGACAUUGCUUUGACAUACUUGAAAGAUGCAGGGUUUAAGGUGGAAUGGCUGGAGAAGAAGCUAGACCAACUAAAAGACAAAAAGGAGAAAGAGCAGUCUUGUUUGGCUCGGCUCCAAGAAAUUGAGGAAAAUCUACAGAAACUGAAGCAGAAAUGUUCAGAGCUGGAUGUUCUUGCCGAGGAUGAGAAGGCAGAGUUGUCAGCCACAAGAACUGCUCUGUCUUUCGAUGAUCUUUUGAUUGCAUGCAGAGGAAUCAUGGUGAAGAAUUUAAGGAAGAAGAUCACUUGGACGAUUAAGAAUUUCUCCUCUUUACGAUGUGAGGAACUUUAUUCUGAUCCAUUUGUAGCCGGUGGAUGCAAAUGGCGCCUUAAUGCCUUUCCCAAGGGUAAUAACGUUGGCUAUCUGUUUCUGUUUCUUGAAGUCGCCGACUAUAAAUCUUUGCCAUCUGGAUGGAGAAGGCAAGCCCGAUAUCUCCUAAACAUAGUAAACCAAAGUUCCUCAAAACGUUCCAGACAAACUGACAAAGAACGCUGGUUUGAAGAGAACGCUAUCGGCUGGGGUUUUCCAUCUAUGAUCUCUCUUGAUGAAAUUAAUGCCAAAGAUAGUGGGUUCCUUGUAAAUGGGGAGCUCAAGAUUGUUGUCGAGAUUGAUCUUCUUGAAAUUAUUGGCAAAGUAGACGUUAAUGGGUUUCACCUUCUUCCUUCACAGGUGGAAUCUGUGAGCCGCAUAUUUGAAAAUCAUCCAGAAACUGCUUCUGAAGUCCAUCUAAAGAACCCAAAUCUUAGGACAGGGUACAUGAAUUUGCUACUCAGUCUUAUUGAUACUCUGUACCAGUCGCCUCAGCAGCUCCCCAAGGAUGAUCUAGGCGAGGCGUUUUAUGCACUGGAGUGCUUGACUGAUGCUGGUUUUAAGUUGGAUUGGCUGGAGAAGAAAAUUUCUCAAGUGUCAGAAAUAAAGGAGAAGGAGAAAAAUGGUGAGAUUCGUAGGCAAGAGAUCGAGAAAGAGUUGAAAGAUUUGAAGCAUAAGUGCUCAGAUGUGGAAGCUCAACUGGAGAAGGAGAAGUCAGAGGCGUUGGCUGCAAAAACUCCUAUCUCAUUCGAUGAUAUUGUUCAAUGA